AUGUUGAUUCCUUCGCUAGAACAAACCCAUAGGAAUACUUUUUUGCACAAAGUCCAAAAUGAUCGCGCAGAUGAAAAAUUGGCCCAAUAUUUUGUGUUACAAGCAAAGAAACAUCCUUCGUUGGCUCCUGUUGUCUUUGACGUGUGGCAAGAAAGUGUUUCAUCAUGCGUGUCUUCGCCAGGCCGAUUAUAUGAACUUUAUGCAUUGGCGAAAAGUAUAGUUGAAACAGCUUUGAAAGUUGGUGUUACAGCCUUAAUUGAAAGCUUUGACACGAAUUUCCAUGCAAUUGCUCUAAAUCAUCUUGAAACCCGAACGAAAGAGAUUUCGAAUGUAGUCAUUGCUAUUGAUCGAUACAUUGCACAAGGAAUGAAGCUUGUCAAUUCAUCCUCGAUUCGACGACGUCAAUUACCACAAAUGACCAAUCAAGUAACACCAUCUUCAGUUCAAACACCUUCAACUUCUUCCACAUCAAUACCACCAUCCUCAACUAACUUUGUGAAAACAGAACCUUCAAAACUCCCCAAACCAAUUUCAGGUAUGAAUCAAACGACCAAUAAUGUCACUGCACUAAAGAGUGAAACCAAGCCAACGACAACACGACUCCUCUCCACUCCUCCAUCUUCCUCACCAAAAACAGAAACACCUACCACCAUACCGUCAAAAAUCCAUUCACCACCUCAAAAGUCAAACAACAUGAUGUCAAAGCCAGAGACAAGCCCAACUCAAACUACGACCGAUAAGGCACAACCUCCAAAACGAAAGAAAAUGUUCCUGAAGGAGCAUAAGAACGCCUUGAUUGAUUGGUUCAAUCAAAAUCCUCAAUAUGCAACAGAAUCGUUUUUUGGCGAUGACACACUUAUUCACAAAUUCAUUUCAGAGAACCAAAAGAGAUUUACUGUACCAUUAACUGCUCAGACAUUGAAGAAUAAUAAGGAGAGCCCACACUUUAAAACAUUUUUCCAAGCUAAAUAUCUCGGGGAACGAUUGGUCAAACAAGAACCAAAAAAUCCUGCUCAAAAACGAUUGCAUGAAGGUGGAAAUUUCAAUUUUGAACAGCAAAAACGAAAAAAGUAA